UGACGUUGACUGGCCCAAAUGGCCACUAGCUUGAGUCGACGGUCUGAGACCACCACAAACAUAGACUUGCACAAUUCACUUCUCAAGACUCUCUCCAUGUCCCAGCAUUGGCAAGUCAUUGCGCCCGCGCGCAAAGAAACCACUGGCGUCCUGGGCGACUUGGCCGACGCUCUCCUUAUGGGCAGCGCAGCGGGUCUGGUUCCACUUCUGGCAGUCCCACUGAAUGCCCACCGUGAACACAUCGAUGGACUGCUCCCGGGCGAAAAUGCCGAAGAUAACGAGGAUGACGAUUUCGAGUGCUCGAAGCUUACUCGAAGCGACGGUGUCUCCCUGAACCACUCCAGCAAAGCCGCGCGAAUCGAGCAGCACAACGCAACCGAAGUCAGUCUGACGAGUUCGAAAUCCCUGUUUAACUUGCCCUCGGAGAUUCAUCACCGCAUCUUCAACUUCCUCGAUGUCGUGGAAGACGUUCUGCGACUAAGUCUGACAAAUCGAUACUUUUGGGCGGUCGGACUCGCCCAUAUUGAGGAGCAUAUCAUCGCUUCUCUUGCGCAAUGGGCCGGUGAGAAGAUUAUCUGUGUGAGCGAUAAGAGUGACCCACGGGAUUUCCCUCCAGGUAUACUAAGUCCGAAGGAGGCCGAGGAGGUCAAGGAGCUGAACAAGGUGUACGAUUUGAACUCAUUUUCAAUUCGGAACACUUACAAAAAGAUCGGUGGACCCUCCCUGUCGCAGAGACUGCAGAAAUGGUUCCUCAAUCAUGAAGCAAGUCACCACAUGGGCUCCGCCGACCGAGCGGAGAUUAUGAUGGGUCUCAAGCCUGAGAUUCUGGAAUUUUAUCCGGGUGACCGGCGGUGGAUCCUACGGAAUCUGACUACCCGGGAAUACGUGCGAGGAGAAGUGAUUGCGCUGAAAGAGGAAUUCAUCCACGGUCCUCAGAUUGAAGUCUUUGGCUUUGCCGAAGUACUAAUCUCCCGAAUAUCCUGGUCCCCGCAACCUGAGAAGAUCGGUGGAGGAAAUAAUAUCACGCGUGGCAAAUGGGCGGGUCAUCGAUUUGAUAUUACUCCGCUGGCUUGGCUGAAGGAGAGGUAUGGCAAGGAGACUUGGAAGGAUGUGAGUAAUGAGAUACUGCGAGAGAUUGAUUUGAUUCUAGCGGGUCAGAUGGGUGAUGACUGGCGCGAUCAGAUGGCACGGAAUUAUCGAAAACAUGCGAAGCAGGCUCUUGUUGAGUAUUCUUGAUUUUCAUAGCAGGG